AAGAGCCGUUGCGACUCUCACCUUCUCCGGCGGCGAGGUAGAUUGAUGAACCAACAUUAAACCUGACUGCAGAAAAGCAAUCAGGUCCGUUCCUUGAAGGCGCCGUCCAAGCGCAAACGAUCUUUCUUUCCCCAGAACAAUAAGUCAAUAACCCUGACUCUUUCAGCUUGGAACUAAAAUCUUGCAGAACGAGAGGGUAUUCCGGAAUGAUUUGGAAGUAGAAACGACGAAUUCGAAGAAUAGAGAAUGGUUCUUGACAUUUGCAAAGCUCCGGGGGCCCAAAUCGUUUUAGAGGAACAUAGAAUUCACCGAAUCUCAACUGUCUGUGAUGUGGAUCCUGUUCCUCCAUCGAUGAAACAGGAAAGUGACUUCAAUUAUCCGGAAUUAAAUUUUCAGUGCAGAACCCGUUGAUUUGCAUUAUAGAUUGGUUAAAGCCUUAGAAGAUUCGAAUGUUCAGUUCUGCAAAAACCGCCGGAAAAGACGCGACUCGCUGCGGCGAUUCUUUCUCACUAUCCCGAUUCCCUCCUCACUUUUCUCUUAUAGGCUAGGGUUUGUCGAAGCAACGGUCCAUAGAAUAACAAACCGGAGCAAUCAGUGUUCGGUAAAGGAAAGGGACGGGCUAGAUUCACUGAAACGAGAUCUACGGUUGUUAUUAACUGUGGCUCUCUCGUGGAGGACAAAGAGAGACAACAAAUCACUACCCCAAACAUGCUCCUCCUUAUCCUUGAAGACUCGCGACCAAAUGAAGGUGAGGAAGCUUAAAAAAUUUGUGAGCCAAAAGCGAGAACGUGUGUGUGUCUCAGCUGGAAGUUGUGAAACAGUAAAGAAAGAGAUGGGGAUAUCCUUAUAGCGAUCAUAGUAGGGCUCCCACCAGAAAAAAAAGGGGAAAAAAGGAGACAACAUGGCGGGAGCGCAAUGAGUACCGAAAAUACAAACUCUGAUCAAAAGAAGGAAAGAAGGGGAAAAUCAAAUUUAAAAAUAUGAGAAAGGCAUUUCAGUUCAAUUUCGUUCAUCACAUCUGCUCUUUUGCGUGUUUUGUUAGUUUUCUUUACUAGGAUUGCCAGUAGAGAGACUAUUGUUUGAGAUCUAGGGUUUGGAGAGACGAUAAUGGCGGAACAGAAGAAAUGGAGCUGGGAGGUCCCGGGAUUCGAACCUCGGAAGUCAUUUGAGCGUGAAGAUCAUACGCCCGCUCCUCUGAUUCGGAGGUACUCGAUUUCAACAUCAUCGAAUCUGUCGCAGUCUGACUCCCCGAAGAAAGUUUUAGCUGCCAAAGUCCAGAAAUUGAAGGAUAAAGUGGAGCAUACGAGAGAAGAAUACAUGAAGUUGAGACAAGAAGCCAAUGACCUUCAGGAGUACUCUAAUGCAAAACUUGAUCGAGUUACACGUUAUUUGGGUGUUCUUGCUGAUAGGACUCGUAAGCUUGAUCAAGUGGCGCUUGAAGCUGAAGCUAGAAUUUCGCCACUGGUCAACGAGAAGAAAAGGUUGUUCAAUGACCUGUUUACUGCUAAAGGAAAUAUAAAAGUAUUUUGUCAUACACGGCCGCUAUUUGAAGAUGAAGGCUCAUCAAUAGUUGAGUUUCCUGAUGAUUUCACCAUCCGUAUUAACACUGGUGUUGAUUCUUUAUCCAACCCAAAGAAGGACUUUGAAUUUGAUAGGGUGUAUGGACCGCAUGUUGGGCAAGGGGAGCUCUUCCAUGAUGUUCAGCCAUUUGUGCAGUCAGCUUUGGAUGGUUAUAAUGUUUCUAUAUUUGCUUAUGGGCAAACUCGUUCUGGAAAGACACAUACCAUGGAAGGAUCUAGUUAUGAUCGUGGUCUGUAUGUUAGAAGUUUUGAGGAGCUGUUUGAUUUAUCCAACUCAGAUACAACUUCUGCUUCUCGGUUUAAUUUUUCUGUUACAAUAGUUGAGCUCUACAAUGAUCAGGUGCGAGAUUUGCUAGCUGAAACUAGAAACAGUCUACCAAAGGUCCGCAUGGGACUUCUAGAUUCUUUUGUAGAACUUACCCAAGAGAAGCUUGAGAAUCCUCUGGACUUCUCUAAAGUUGUCAAAGCCGGUCUUCAGUAUCGGGGAAAUGAUAUGGAAAAAUUCAACGUUUCGCAUUUGGUUAUCACUAUUCAUAUACACUAUAGCAAUUGGAUCACAAGGGAAAAUUUGUAUAGCAAGCUUUCUCUUGUUGAUUUGGCGGGAAGUGAAGGUUUGCUGGUGGAAGAUGCUAGUGGAGAGCAUGUAACGGAGUUGCUGCAUGUGACCAAGUCACUCUCAGCAUUGGGGGAUGUUUUAUUUUCUCUGUCAUCAAAGAAGGAUAUUGUACCAUAUGAAAACUCAAGACUUACCAAAAUGCUUGCAGAUUCUCUAGGUGGAAGUUCAAAGACUCUGAUGAUUGUCAAUAUCUGUCCUAAUAUAUCAAAUCUGUCUGAGACUUUAUCCUCCCUCAAUUUUUCUUCAAGAGCACGCAAUGCUGAGCUAAGUCUUGGCAAUCGAGAUACCAUUAAGAAAUGGAGAGAUGUUGCAAAUGAUGCACGGAAGGAAUUAUAUGAAAAGGAAAAGGAAUGCUGUGAUCUAAAGCAAGAAAUGGCAGGACUAAAGCUGGCUCUAAAGGAUGCAAAUGAUCAGUGUGUCCUACUGUUCAAUGAAGUCCAGAAGGCUUGGAAAGUUUCUUUUACUCUGCAGUCAGAUUUAAAGUCGGAAAAUAUAGUACUUGCAGAAAAGCACCAAAAUGAAAAGGAGCAAAAUGCUCAACUUAGAAAUCAAGUUGCUCAUCUUUUGCAAUUGGACCAAGAUAAAAAAAUGCAGAUACAACAACAAGAUUCAACAAUUCAGGCCUUGCAGGCCAAAGUAAAGAGCUUUGAACAACUGAAUGAAGUCCUUCACACUGGUGGUGCGCGGUCAACAAUUGCUUCAGAGACUAGGUCUUCUGGUAGCAUCUCAAGUGUGAAGGCAGCAGGGGACAGCAUGGAUUCUUUGGCAGUUACGCAGAAGCUUGAGGAGGAGCUAUCAAAGCGGGAUGCACUUAUUGAGAAGUUGCAUGAGGAAAAUGAGAAGCUAUUUGGUAGAUUAACAGAGAAGGCUAAAUUUAGUGGAUCUCCUCAGGUUUCAAGUCCUUCCACCAGAGGAUCAUUGGAUCUUCAGACUCGGGACCUGGGAAGGAGUGAUAACAACAAAGGACAUUCUCUUGAUGUUCUUCCAUUGCCAUCAGCCACAGAUAAGAUCGAUGGCACAGUUGCGCUGGUUAAAUCAGGCGGUGAGAAAGUAAAGACUACACCAGCUGGGGAAUAUCUUACUUCUGCACUGAUGGACUUUGAUCCUGAACAGUAUGAGAGCCUUGCAACUGUUGCUGAUGGUGCAAACAAGCUUUUAAUGCUGGUCUUGGCUGCGGUCAUCAAAGCUGGGGCUGCAAGAGAGCAUGAAAUACUUGCUGAAAUCAGAGAUGCUAUAUUUUCAUUUAUCCGGAAGAUGGAGCCAAGGAGGGUGAUGGAUACAAUGCUUGUUUCUCGGGUUAGAAUUCUAUAUAUAAGAUCUUUGAUCGCUAGAUCACCCGAGCUGCAAUCCAUUAAGGUUUCUCCAGUUGAACGCUUCUUAGAGAAGGCUACUAUUGGUCGCAGUAGAAGCUCCAGUCGGGGCAAUAGUCCUCCUGGUAGGUCUCCAGUACGUUAUGAUUCAAUCACAAGGAGCUCUCCGGUUGAUGAGCACUUGCAUGGAUUUAAAGUAAAUAUAAAGCAAGAAAAGAAGUCUAAGUUCUCAUCGAUGGUUUUGAAGCUCCGAGGAAUUGAUCAGGAGGCAUGGAGGCAGCAUGUUACUGGUGGAAAGUUAAGGGAGCUAACGGAAGAAGCCAAAAGUUUUGCAAUUGGGAACAAGGCUCUUGCAGCUCUCUUUGUUCACACUCCAGCUGGUGAGCUGCAACGCCAAAUCAGAUCUUGGCUGGCAGGGAACUUUGAGUUUCUUUCUGUUACUGGGGGUGAUGCCAUAGGGGGAACAACUGGGCAGCUGGAGCUUCUUUCAACAGCCAUUAUGGAUGGAUGGAUGGCUGGUCUUGGAGCAGCAUUGCCACCCAAUACUGAUGCUUUAGGACAACUUCUGUCUGAGUAUGCCAAGCGGGUUUAUACUUCUCAAUUACAGCACUUGAAGGAUAUUGCUGGUACCUUGGCAACAGAAGAAGCAGAAGAUUCUCCACAAGUAGCUAAGCUUCGUACUGCACUCGAGUCUGUUGACCAUAAGAGAAGAAAGAUUCUGGAACAAAUACGAAGUGAUGCAGCUUUACUAAUGGUAGGAGAAGGUGGUUCGCCUAUUCAAAAUACUUCCACUGCAGCGGAGGAUGCACGGUUGGCAUCUCUGAUAUCCCUUGAUGGCAUAUUAAAAGGAGUCAAGGACAUAAUGAGACAGGCCUCUGUAAACUCACUAAGCAAAAGUAAGAAGAAGGCCCUACUUGCUUCUCUAGAUGAUCUUGCAGGACAGAUGCCUUCUCUUCUUGAGAUUGAUCAUCCUUGUGUCCAGAGACAAAUUGCUAAUGCUUGUAGUGUGGUUAAGUCCAUUCCAGAACAAGAUGACCAUCUUCAAGAAGAAGCGCAUGCUCUCCAUCCACCUGCAGAUUGGGUCCCAAGGACUGAAACAGAUGUGUCACAGUGGAAUGUCCUGCAGUUCAACACUGGCUCGACUACCCCCUUCAUCAUUAAAUGUGGAGCAAACUCUAGUUCUGAGCUGGUCAUCAAAGCAGAUGCUCGUGUGCAAGAACCCAAAGGUGGAGAGAUUGUGCGGGUUGUCCCAAGGCCAAGUGUUCUGGCAAAUAUGAGCUUGGAGGAGAUGAAACAGGUAUUUGCUGAACUCCCUGAGGCUCUAAGUUUGCUUGCUCUAGCAAGGACAGCGGACGGAACCCGAGCUCGGUAUUCUAGAUUGUACAGGACUCUGGCAAUGAAGGUUCCAUCACUGAGAGAUGUAGUCAGUGAACUUGAAAAGGAUGGAGUUAUGAAAGAUGUGAAGUCAUGAGGUGCUAAGGGUGGAUUGUUUGAAGAUGUCCAUGUUUGCUUUUUACAGAGGCACCUUCAAAUAAUGAAAUGGGGAACUAUGAAUAUAAUUUGGAGCACUUGCAUAUACAGAUGCUCUUCGUUAUCCUAGUGAAUUAGGGGGCAGUUAAUAUCAUUUUUGGCUGGUUGUCUAGGUAUGGUAAAAGUUGAUUGUAUGUAUUUACAUUAUCUGUUCUUGGCAACGAGGUACACUGUAUCUUCAAACAAUUGCUUGGUCUGUUUGUUUACAUGGUGUAUUGGAGGUCAAUGUUGGCAAUUUUGAAGGGGAGUUGCUCUAUAUGGUUAUGCGUUGUAUGACUGUUGGAUGGCGGUUGUAUCGCCAUGUAAUCCAAUGUUAAUCAGGUGUCUGUUUACAUCAUUUCGGUCAGUUUUCAAAUAGAGUGGAACUGUAAUAGUAGUGUUUUCUCCACGAUUUAUUUUUUGGCAAUGUAGUAGUAUUCUGUAUCCCACUGCUUAUUUAGUAGCUUGCCUUGUGUUUAU